ACAUGAAGUUCUACGUCAUUGCUUUGGCCUUUGUCGGAUUCGUUGCCGCCGACGUCAGCCACCUCAAAUUGGGCCUGUCCGCCGAUGGAGGCUAUGGAUUCUCCUCCUCCUCAUCCUCGUCCUCUUCAUUCACCUCUUCUUCUGCCUCUUCCUCCUCCUCGGAGGUAGUGCCAGGUGGUGAUUCCAGCUCUUACCAGCCUGCUGAAUACACUCCCGAGCAUUUGAAGUCGGCUGAGGUUGUUCCCGGGGGUGAUGCUAGUUCCUACCAACCAGCUGAAUACACUCCAGCUUAUCUUAAGCAGUCGUCUUUGGCCGGUGCUGCCACUGAAGUUGUUCCUGGUGGCGAUUCUAGCUCUUACCAACCCGCUGAAUACACUCCCGAGCACUUGAAGUCGGCUGAGGUUGUUCCCGGAGGUGAUGCCAGUUCCUACCAACCCGCUGAAUAUACUCCCGAGCACUUAAAGUCGGUUGAGGUUGUUCCUGGUGCCGACUCUAGCUCUUACCAGCCCGCUGAAUAUACUCCUGCUUAUCUAAAGCAAUCGUCUUCGGCCAAUGCUGCCGCUGAAGUUGUUCCUGGCAGCGAUUCUAGCUCUUACCAGCCCGCUGAAUAUACUCCUGAGCAUUUAAAAUCCGCUGAGGUUGUUCCGGGAGGUGAUGCCAGUUCCUACCAGCCCGCUGAAUACACUCCUUCUUAUCUUAAGCAGUCGUCUUCGGCCGAUGCUGCCGCUGAAGUUGUUCCUGGCGGCGAUUCUAGCUCUUACCAACCCGCUGAAUACACCCCAGCUCAUCUUAGGACUUCUGUUCCAGAAGCUAUUGGGGCUGAUUCCUAUGCUCCAGUUCCUGCCGCUAUUGGUGCUGAUACCUACACCCCAGAGAAGUUCAUUCCCCAGGCUGAUCAGGAGGCCCACUACAAAUACAUUCAAGAACAGCAGCAGCAGGAGGCAGUUGUCCCUGGAGGAGAUUCAAGCUCUUACCAGCCCGCUGAAUACACUCCUGUUCAUCUUAAGACAGCUGAGAUUGUUCCUGUUGCUGCUGAAGUUGUUCCUGGUGGCGACUCGAGCUCUUACCAACCCGCUGAAUACACUCCCGUUCAUCUUAAGACCUCCGUUCCCGCACCCAUUGGUGCUGAUACCUACACCCCCGAGAAGUUUAUUCCCCAGGCUGAUCAGGAGGCCCACUAUAAGUACGUUCAGGAGCAGCAGCAGGAGCAGGAAGCUGUGGUCCCUGGAGGAGAUUCAAGCUCUUACCAACCCGCCGAAUACACUCCCGUCCAUCUUAAGACCUCCGUUCCAGCACCAAUUGGUGCUGAUUCUUAUGCACCAGUUCCUGCUGCUAUUGGUGCUGAUACCUACACCCCUGAAAAGUUCAUUCCUCAGGCUGACCAGGAGGCUCACUACAAGUAUGUUCAGGAGCAGGAGCAGGAGCAAGAAGCAGUUGUCCCUGGAGGAGAUUCAAGCUCUUACCAGCCCGCUGAAUACACACCGUCUUACCUAAAGAGCUCUGUUGUAGCUUCCUCCGCUAGUGCUGUUGCUUCUAGCUCAUCUUCUAGCUCAUCUUCUAGCUCAUCUUCUAGCUCAUAUUCUAGCUCCUAUCAGCCCGCCGUGGCCCAGACCAGUUACGUUCACAGCCAAGCCAAGGCUAUCGUUCCCGCAUCGAAGCCCGCCCACCUAAUCGCCGCCUACGUACAGGGACAGGCCCCCACCAUCAUUGGAGCUAACACCAUCACACCUGCUCAUUUGUACGAGGAGCCAUCUUCGAAUGGCAUUGAGGAGUUCAAUCCCGAAACCCAUGUACCCAUUGCCAUCGGUGGCGACACCAUUACUCCCGCCCAUCUGCAGGCUACUUACGCUAAGUCUGAACAGGAAACCCAAUACGGGUCCAAUGGCGGUUACGUUUACUAAGUCUAAUCACUAAGAGCCCCAGAGUCUAUUAACCUUAAAUAUACGUUUUUUUUAAAUAUUUUAUAUGAUAUAUGUCUUUCUUUACUAUGGGAAUAACUUAUGCCAAUUUAGAUUAUUGAAAUUUAUUAUAAAUACAACCAAUAAG